AUGAUUCAGGAUCGGCAAUCUACUCGAAGCAAGGUGAACAAAGACCUGUGCGCGCCGCCUCAUUCCGGUCAAUCAAUUCGUGCAGCAGAAAAGUCUCUAAAGAAGAUGUCGUCCACUUACAGCGAAGAUGAAGUCAAGAAAAUGACGGUGGUGCAGCUGAUGUCAUACCUGACAGACAGAAAGGUUACCCUCCCAGCCACGCGCGCACUGAAGCAGACGUACGUUGACCUGGCGCUUGAGGAGAUCAGGAAGGAGCGGGCGGGGAUCAAGCCGCCCCCAGAGCCGAAAGCUGCCUCGAGAAUGCAGUCACCCAAGAAGACGCCAGCCAAGAGUGCAAAGUCCGAGACUCCCGCAGAGCCCCCCUUGGCAGACGAUUCCGGGCCAGUCGAGCCCACUCAAGCAGCCAACGGCGAGGAGCCCCCCGUCGUCUUGCUGCCGCUGCCGACCCCCCCACCAUCUGCGCUCCAACUGCUCGGCAAGGGUUUAGUGUUUGCAAUCGGGAUCGCAAUCAUCGCCAUAGCAAUGGCCUACCUUUUCCGGUUUGUAUAUGACCAGCCGGAGCCGGAACCGGCAACGUACUGGGAUAUCGCUCACUCGAAGAUUCUGGAGAUCCUGCACGUGAUAGAGGAGCGAUAUAUCAAGCCGGCCUUCAAGUCGCUAGGGCUGAAAUCUGCCAGCUGACCCGGAAGUUCUCCAAUAUACUGAAAAGGUGAUUGUUUGACGAAGCUGUCGAUUAAGUAGGAGCGGCAGCUAAUGAAGACUCACAAACGUGUAUCUUGGAUCUGGCGGGGGAGGAUCCUGUACAAAAACAGCCCCGCAUAGGAACGACAGACUGCCCAUGCCAGCAACGGCCUGGUAGUAUGGCCCGAUUGGUGGACUCAGAAGUCGUUUUGAUCGAGACCUCCCGUACGUUUCUGAUUGCCCGUUGUGCUGCGAGAACUCUACGAUAUGCAUGCAAGCCCUCUCAAAGUGCUGCAGUGAGUCCGGAACCCAACAAAAACCAACACUUAUUUGUUUCUGAU